CGUGUCUUUGAUGGGUUUCUUUUUGAUUUUGCAAAAACUAUGGUGAGGGUAUUGCUCAGAAUCUCUGGAUCAAUCUUCUUUCUCAGUGUUUGAGAAUCUUGUUCUUUGUGCAUGCUUGAAUCUUCAAAGAUUUUCAUGUUGGUUGACUUCGAUGAAGGGUGGAUUCUUCUUUCUGGAGUAUUUUCAACCAUUCUUGUGAUCAAUUUGGGGAGUUCUGAAACUUGAAUUGGGAGUUUAUUGUUGAGGAUUUGAGAUAUGACCAGUUCUUUGGACCCAUCAUCAUCAUCAUCAUCAUCAUCCAUAAGCUUUACAUCAUCUUCCCCAACAAGGCAAGAAACACCAAACGGAUCCGACCCGGAUUCCAAUUUUCUUGAGAUGAUCAGUUUGAGCAAGCUCAGCAAUGGCUUGGAGCACCUCUUGUGUGAUACUGGUUCAGAUUUUAGUGAUGCUGACAUUGUUGUGGAGGGGAGGACGGUGGGGGUCCACCGCUGUAUAUUGGCUGCUAGGAGUAGGGUUUUCCAUGGGCUUUUUAGUAAUCUUGGGAAGGAGAGCAGUGUUAGACCAAGGUAUUGUUUGGAGGAAUUGAUUCCCGGCGCAGGUAAGGUGGGUCGCGAGGCAUUUGCUAGUUUCUUGACCUAUUUGUACACCGGGAAGCUGAAGCCUUCGCCACCUGAGGUGUCUACUUGUGUCAACUCUCUGUGCCCACACGAUUCUUGCAGACCCGCGAUUAAUUUCGCUGUGGAGAUGAUGUUUGUGUCUUCUGCAUUUCAGGUGCCCGAGCUUGUUUUGCUUUUCCAGAGGCGGCUUCUGAAUUUCGUAGGAAGAGCCGUGGCUGAUGAUUUGAUCCCCAUUCUCAGUGUUUCCUCCCAUUGCCAGCUGAAUCACCUUCUUGACGAAUGCAUCGACAGGGUGGCGCAAUCGGAUCUUGAAACCUUCUCCAUCGAGAGAGGGGUUCCUCGUGAGGUUGCAGAGCGCAUAAAGUUGCAGCGGGGGGGCAUGGAGGUCGAGAGGGGUAAAACCGUGGUCCGGGACCCACUCCACGAGAAAAGGAUAAGGAGAAUACACAAGGCAUUGGACUCGGACGAUGUUGAGCUGGUCAAUCUUCUCCUUGCUGAGUCAUCCGACGUGACGCUAGACGGAGCACGUGCGCUUCACUAUGCUGCUUCAUAUUGUGACCCCAACGUUUUUCACGAGAUUUUAGGUCUAGGUUUAGCCAACGUGAACCUUCGCAAUGCGAGGGGACACACCGUGCUUCAUGUUGCGGCAAUGCGCAAAGAGCCAUCGGUCAUAGUGUCCCUUCUCACCAAUGGGGCUUGCGUUUGGGAGCCGGCAUUGGAUGGACAAAGCGCGGUGAGCAUAUGUAGGAGGUUAACGCGGCCAAAGGAUUAUCAUGCGAAAACCGAGCAAGGGCAUGAAGCACAUAAAGAUAGGAUAUGCAUUGAUGUCUUGGAGAGAGAGAUGCUUAGGUUUCCAAUGGUGGGAGAUGUUGUUUCCUCUUCCCCAAUCAUACCCGCGGAUGAUCUUCGCAUGAAACUCCUUGACCUAGAAAACAGAGUGGCAUUUGCCCGACUUCUUUUCCCCCUUGAGGCAAAACUGGCCAUGGAAAUCGCAACUGCUAAGACGAAAUCCGAGUCCGUAGGUAUCUUGGCAUAUAAAGCUUCAAAUGGGAAUCCGAAGGAGGUUGGUUUCAAUGAGACGCCGACAAUGCAGAAGAAAAGGCUUUUAUCUAGGCUGGAAGAGCUGUCAAAAACAGGCAUCUUCUUCUCCUCCUCCUACACUUAUAAUAAUAGAUAGUUUUAGAUUUUCCAACAUCACAUUAAAUGAGUCAUGCCAGAAUAACACCAAGUUUGACAUCACGGAUGACCGUCUGUAAAUUUGUACACACGUCUCGAGGGUGUAUAAAUCUACAGAUGAUUGUCAUCCAUGGUGUCAAACUUGGUGUUAUUCUAGAAUUUUUGUACUUAAGUCGUCGAAUCUCUUUCUUGACGAGGUUGUAGUGGAGCUGGGUCGACGUUAUUUCCCCAACUGCUCACAAGUUGUGGAUAAGUUCGCGGAAGAUGAUUUGCCCGACCUAUUAUAUCUAGAGAAGGGCACUUCCGAGGAGCAAAACGUUAAGCAAAAGAGAUUUAAGGAGCUCAAAGAUGAUGUGGAAAGGGCAUUUAACAAGGACAAUGCUAAAAAUCGCAGUUCGAGAUCAUCUCCAUCAUCUUGUUCUUCUUGUAAGGAUACCCAUAUUCAUAAAGUUAGGAAACUGUGAGGUAUAGAUAGAUAUCCAUUAGAGAAUAUACAUGUUUUACUCAAAGCUUUUCUUGUUAAAAUUCAGGAGUAUGAUGAUUGGAGUUUCUUGGCAUACUUGGGCUUUUUUU